AUGUCAACUGCCAGUUUCGUAAGAUACAAUGGAUACGUUCCGAGUAAAAAAUAUGAUGGCGUCAGUAGGCUCACAACUGAUACAACCCCUGAAGAUUUUUUCCAUCAGUUCAUUCAUUUGCGCAAACCUGCCGUGAUAACGAAUGUUCUGCUUUCCGGUGAGUGGAAAACUUCCAGUUGGACUAAAAGUUAUUUAAUGGACACUUGCGGGCCCGCAAACGUUCUGAUUGAAAAGUUGGAACAGCAUAAAGAUCAAAAGUUUGGUUACGAUGUGCCUAAAAUAAAUAUGCGUUAUUCAGAAUUUUUGCGAGAAAUUAAUGCUGGAAAUGAUAGAUUUUAUUUGACUACACAAGAUCUAGAAAAAGAUCACUCAACUUUAGAUGACUAUGGUAUGCCAGAAAGUAUAAUGUCCGAACCUUUAAUUUCAUUGAAGAAUGAUUUUCCGAUUAGACCAAAGUUAUUAGGUCAUCUAAUUCCCCAUCAAAUUUCUUUGUGGCAAGGUUUUAGUAAAAAUGGAUCUUCAUCUGGUCUACAUCAUGAUUUUCAUGACAAUCUAUUUCGUCUUUUCCCUCCAUCGAAUAUAGAAAAACUGAAAAUAUCUGGAAAACCUAUUGUCGUCUAUGAAAAUGGUUUAAUAGUUUAUGAGAAUAAAAAGCAUCCAGGGAUCAUUCCAGUGAGAUCCGAUGGCCUACCAAUGUCAUUUAUUGCCAGGAUGAAGCGCAACAAAGCCAGUGGAGAACUGAACAGAGCUGAGAGAGAGUUGGCGAAAUUGGAAAGUUCAUCGUUAAGAUUUAACUUGGUUGACUCAGAAAGAUUGUGUAAAAUAACAAAACUAAAAGAAGAAAUUGAUACAUGGGAAAAAGAACUCGAUGAAGCUUUACAAGAACUGCUUGGUUAUGAUGAUAGUGAUGCAGAUGAUUAUGAUGAUGAUGAUGAAGAUAAAAAUGAAUUAAGGGGGAUUGGUGGUGAUGACACUGGAGAGGGUGUAAUAUCAAUAAAUGAUGAUAGUGAUGAAGAUGGUGUAGAUCAUGAUGUCUCAUCAGCUUCAACAGACUUAACAUCAGCAAACAUCUCAGGUGAUGCGAUUAACACAGAUAAGGUCAAUGCAAAUAACGUUAAUGAAGUGGAUUUAUCAGAGCCUCCUGUGUGUAAAAAGCUUUGUUUGGAUUCUGAUGCUGCUUUGGAAUUCAAUGUUAAUGAAAACAACAUUGAAGUAACAAGCAACACAACUUGCAACUUGAAAUCAGAUGAUCAUUUGCAAGCAUCUAUUUUAGAUGAUGAAAAAAAUAAUGUCAAACUUGCAUCUAAAUUGAAACCUAGUUACAAAGAGGUUGCAAGCUCUGAAAUAAAUACCAAUUCUAUUUUACCCAACCACUUUUGUAGGGUUGAAUUACCCACUAACACAGAUGAUGAAAUUGAAAUUUUCAACUGUUUCAAUGAGGAUUCAGAUGAUCUAAGAUGUUUGGUUGUAACUUUGGGACCUGGAGAAGCAUUGUACCUGCCAGCUUCCUGGUUCCAUGAAGUCACAUCUUAUUCUCAAGAGUGCACCUCGAAAGAUGAUGAAAAAAACAACAAUGCAGAUGGUGAUGUCACAUCGAACAACUUUAUGGCUGAAUGUCGUACUGGUGGAUGUGAUGGAGGUAAGGAUACUGCAGAGAAUUUUCAAGACCAUCUUGCAUUGAACUACUGGUUCUAUCCUCCCAAUGGAUCAUCGUAUCAACAACCUUACAUAGAUAAUUUCUGGAAAGAGAGAUUUGAGGCAAUUGAACAAGAUGGUGGUUUAUUUAAAAAAAGAAAGCAAAGUAGAAGUGUUGAUGAUGACGUCAUAUGUUUGGAUUCAGAAGAUGAUGAUGAUGGUUAUGAUGAAGAAAGUGAUAAGGAUGAUGAAGAUGACUAUAAUGAUGUCAGUGAUGAGAAGAGUAACGAUGGAAAAAUUGAGAAAAAUUUCAGAGAUGAAAAGGAUUUCUGCAACAAUGUCUCAUCGUCUAGUCAUUCCAAUGAACUAAGUUCGUCUAAAUCUGCUCCAUUUGUAAUCGAUGAAGAUGAUGAUUCAGACUGA